AACUAUGGUAACAGUUUAUCAAACACAUCCAACAGAAAUAUAAGUGCAAUAGAAAUAAUUAAAUAGGUAUCUUUAAAUAAUAAUUUAAGGGGAAUUAGUCUACAUAAUGGAUUAUUCACAAAUUAAAGACGGUCAAUAUACAAAAACUAUUUACAGUAUGAUAAAAGAAGCGAGAUAUGAAGACGCAAUAAAAGCUCUCAAUGAUGCAAUUAAUUUCAAUCCAAACCGUGCUGGAUUGUCUCUACUGGGCUAUUGUUACUUUAGAACGCAAUCCUUUGUCGAGGCGGCAAACUGCUAUGAACAACUUUCUGCCAUGCACCCCGAUGUACCUGAAUAUAAAUUUUAUUUUGCCCAAGCUCUCUAUGAAGCAUCUAUGUUUGAUGAGUCUUAUAAAGUAACAGUAAAUAUAUCUGCACCAGAACUGGAAAGAAAAGUCAUGAAAUUACAAUCCGCUAUCAAAUACGGAGAGGAAGAUACUUUAGCAGCAAAAAGCUUGGUAGAUUCAUAUCCCCAUGACGAUGCUGAUAAAGAUAUCAAUUUGGGAUGUCUUUUAUACAAAGAUGGACAGUACGAGGAAGCAUUACAAAAAUUCUCACGAAGUCUCAAUGUGAUGGGUUUCAAUGCCCACUUGCAUUAUAAUGUAGCUCUAUGCUAUUUCCAACUCAAAGAAUACCCACAAGCUCUUAAGCACGUAACUCUUGUUAUUGAACGAGGAAUAAGAGAUCACCCAGAGUUGGCAAUAGGCAUGCAGUCUGAUUCAUCUGAGGUAAAAUCUGUUGGAAACACACUAACUCUUCAUGAGACUGCAUUAACUGAAGUAUUUAAUCUCAAAGCAGCAAUUGAGUUUCAACUGAAAAAUGUAGAAUCCGCAAGAGAAGCAUUAAACGACAUGCCACCUAGACAUGAACACGAGUUAGAUGCUGUAACAUUGCAUAAUUUAGCUCUGACAUCAAUAGAUUUAAAACCAACUGACGGAUUUGAAAAGCUGCAUUUUCUUUUGCAACAAGAUCCAUUUCCACCAGAAACAUUUGCUAACUUGUUACUUCUCUAUUGUAAGUUUGAAUACUAUGACCUUGCUGCUGAUGUUCUAGCAGAGAAUGCCCAAUUCACUUACAAAUAUUUGACUCCAUAUCUGUAUGAUUUUUUGGAUGCGGUUAUUACCAGUCAAACAUCACCAGAAGAAGCUUUUCAAAAGUAUGAAGAUAUAGCAUCUAAACAUGCAGAACAAUUAAGAAAACUCACAAAAGUGGUUCAAGAAAGUAGAUCACAAGGCGACAAUGACCAGGUGAAAAAAGCUGUGGUGGAAUAUGAGGAAGCGCUAGAACGGUACAUACCAGUUGUUAUGGCGCAAGCAAAAAUAUACUGGGAUAUGGAAAAUUACAGCCAAGUUGAGAAGAUAUUCAGAAAAUCUGUAGAAUUUUGUAAUGAAUCCGACGUGUGGCGAUUGAAUGUGGCUCAUGUUUUAUUCAUGCAAGAAAACAAAUAUAAAGAAGCCGCUAGUUUUUACGAACCAAUCGUUAAAAAACAAUACGACAAUAUACUAGACGUAAGUGCCGUGGUGCUGGCCAAUUUAUGUGUAUCUUAUAUAAUGACUUCACAAAACGAAGAGGCUGAAGACAUAAUGCGCAAGAUUGAAAAAGAGGAAGAACAACAAAUUUUUGAAGAUCCCCAAAAAAAGUUCUACCACUUAUGCAUAGUCAAUCUAGUCAUUGGAACAUUGUACUGUGCAAAAGGCAAUUAUGAGUUUGGUAUAUCACGUGUGAUAAAGUCGUUGGAGCCAUUCAAUAAGCGUUUGGGAACUGAUACAUGGUUUUAUGCUAAAAGAUGCUUCAUAUCCUUUUUGGAAAACUUAUCCAAACAUUUAAUUGUUGUUAAAGAUACUACUAUCAAAGAUUGCUUGCAGUUUUUAGAAGGAUGUGAGACACACGGUCGCCGUAUAAACACUGUCAUAGAUAAUCCGUUUCAAGAGGAAGAUGCAAACACAAAAGCAAAACAAACAGUAACUUACGAGGCGCGAUUGUUACGUUAUAUGUUUUAUAAGCUUAGAAAUAUCGAUGGCUCUGUUACUAUCAAUAAGUAUGAAGAUUUAAAAUAAAAUAUACCCAAUACUAACCAGUU